AUGGAACAUAUGAUGGACUCGGUCGGGAAAGAGUGCCAAUUCGAGUUGGCCUCUUUCCAGCGGUGCAUUCUUGCGAACAAUGGCAAUCAAAUGGCCUGCAAAAAGACGCAGCAAGAGUUGGCAAAUUGCGCCGCGAAUGCCGUACCGAUGCUCCAGACGAUCAAGCAGACAUGUGGCUCACUCAUUCAAGAGUACGACCAGUGCCUGUUCCAGUUCAAAGAUGCAUCGCAGGAUGUGCUAGCGGAAAAGUGUACACCUAGGCUGCAAGCCCUCUCCCUCUGCGCCAAUGCCGUGAAGGCGCAGACCGAAAAGUAA